AUGAUCAAGUCCAUUGCCUUCAUCGCCCUUCUCUUCUCUACAGCAACCGCUGUCCCAACCCCAACCGAGCUUCUGCCUCGGGCCUGCACCACUCAAGCCCCCUCCAUCAUCCACAUCCUCGACGCCGCAAACCCCGACACUGCCUACCCGGGCCAGCAAUUUACCCUCGAGCGCAGCGGCUCUCCCCUGAAAAACAACAAGAUCUCCGUGCUGACCUUCUCCAACAUCCCCGCCGGCGCCACCGGCUGUCGACUCGAAAUCGAGCUUCCCGCACUGAGCGAAGGCCAAAUCGCACCAAGUGACACCCAGGCCGAUGUCUGGUCUGCGGACCCAACAGACGGCGGUUCAGCCCCCACGUAUAACCAUCCGCCACACAAGAGAGAAAUGGUCUCGACCUACAUCUUCCCCAAGGGACCCACCACAAAUUCAGCCCACACUGUACUGGCCUCCAACACUUGCUCAACUACUAUGAGCUGGUUGGUGCAGUUGAGCGAGUGGCAGACCUCAGCUGGAAGUGUCAACUUCCAGAACUCGAUUGGUAAUGGCGCGGAUAUCGGCUUUACAUUGGUCUACAACUGUUGA